CAUUUACACAAUGCAUUGAACUACCUUUUUUAUAUUGGAAGCAGCUAAUUAUAAUAAUGAUGCCUGCCUCAACUUCCUGUAAUUAAAUGGUAUUUACCUAUCUUAGGCUUCUAAGUUGGCUAAGUUCUCACUUUUACAUGGUUCCAUGUCAAUCACACUUUCCAGAAACUGGUGUCUGGCUCUUGUCCUUUCAAAUUUUCUUUAUUCAAAUGGUUGUUACUAACUCUUUAUUCUUAUUAAUUAUUUUGCUUUUCUUAAAUUAAUUUUAACAUUCAAAUGAUGAGUACAUUCUGUCCUUCUUACAGUGCACAAAAGAAAUGUUUGCUGCAGUUUAUGAAAUUAAUAUUACAACUUAGUAAUGUAGCAGGAGAAAAUUGUGUGGCAAUCAUCCAAUAACAAGGAAAGAUACAUCUUAAUCAUCUUUGCAGAUGUCAUUUACUCCACUUACACAUUAAAGGUGUGCAGUCCGUUGAUGUUCUAGCCAUAUAACUAAGAAAGGAGGAGACAGAAAUAUGAAGUUGAGUGCUGCCUAACAUUCAUGCAUGCACAACCUUCAUCUGCUUCACCAAUCUGAUACAAAGAAUGUCUGAAGGAACUAGUCUUGUGAUGGAAUCUUCUGAAAAUGGCACGGAUUUAUCUCAAGAUGACAUUGGAACUGUCGAGGAAAUACCUGAAGACACAAUUUUGUCACGGCAAACUUCUGUGAAUCUUGUUCCAUUUCUUGGGCAAAGAUUUGUUUCUCAAGAUGCCGCUUAUGAAUUUUAUUGCAGUUUUGCAAAGCAAUGUGGCUUUUCAAUUAGACGUCACCGCACUCGAGGAAAAGAUGGUGUUGGUCGGGGAGUUACAAGAAGGGAUUUUACUUGCCAUCGUGGUGGCUAUCCACAGAUAAAACCAUCUGAGGAUGGAAAACUGCAAAGAAAUCGAAAGUCAUCACGUUGUGGCUGCCAAGCCUAUAUGCGCAUUGUCAAACGGGCAGAUUUUGAUGUACCUGAAUGGCGUAUUACGGGAUUUAGCAACAUCCAUAAUCAUGAACUCUUGAAAUCAAAUGAAGUGCGUCUUCUUCCUGCCUACUGUUCCAUAUCUCCAGAUGACAAAAGUCGGAUUUGUACUUUUGCCAAAGCUGGCAUGUCAGUGCGACAAAUGUUAAGAUUGUUGGAGCUAGAGAAAGGUGUCAAACUGGGUUGCUUACCAUUUACAGAAAUUGAUGUGAGAAACCUACUGCAGUCUUUCAGAAAUGUGGAUAGGGAUAAUGAUGCUAUUGAUCUUAUUGCAAUGUGCAAGAAACUGAAGGAUGAAAAUCCCAACUUCAAAUAUGACUUCAGGAUUGAUGGACAUAAUAGAGUGGAGCAUAUUGCGUGGUCCUAUGCCUCCUCUGUCCAAUUGUACGAAGCAUUUGGGGAUGCUGUGGUUUUUGACACGACCCACCGUCUGGAUGCCUAUGAUAUGCUCCUAGGUGUUUGGGUUGGAGUGGACAAUCAUGGAAUUACUUGUUUUUUUGGCUGUGUGCUUCUACGGGAUGAAAAUGUACAGUCAUUUUCCUGGGCAUUGAAGACUUUUUUGGGCUUCAUGAAAGGAAAGGCUCCACAAACAAUAUUGACUGACAAGAACAUGUGGCUGAAAGAGGCUAUUGCUAUUGAAAUGCCUGCCACUAAACAUGCCUUUUGCAUUUGGCAUAUUAUUGUGAAGUUCUCAGAUUGGUUCUCUGUACUGCUUGGCUCACAAUAUGAUGAUUGGAAAGCUGAGUUUCAUCGGCUCUAUAAUUUGGAAUUGGUGGAAGAUUUUGAGCAAGAAUGGAGGGAGAUGAUUAAUAAAUAUGGACUGCAUGAAAAUAAGCAUAUUGCCAGCUUAUAUGCACUACGUACAUACUGGGCUUUACCAUUCUUGAGAUGUUACUUCUUUGCAGGAAUGAUGACCACAUUCCAACCUGAGUCCAUAAAUGCUUUGAUUCAACGAUUUUUGAGUGCACAGUCUCAACUUGAUCAUUUCAUAGAGCGAGUGGCUGAUAUUGUUGAUUUUAACGAUCAGGCAGGAGCAAAGCAAAAGAUGCAACAAAAAAUGCACAAAGUCUGCCUUACAACAGGUUCACCAAUUGAAUCACAUGCUGCUGCUGUCCUUACACCUUAUGCCUUCAGUAAAUUUCAAGAAGAGUUUGUCUCAGCUCCAAAGUAUGCAUCUAUUCUUCUAGAUGAAGGUUGUUUCCAUGUCAGGCACCACACCCAGGUGGAUGGUGGGUGCAAAGUAAUUUGGGUCCCUCGGCAAGAGCUCAUUAGCUGUAGCUGCCAUCAAUUUGAGUUUUCAGGCAUCCUUUGUAGACAUGUUCUCCGAGUCCUAUCAACUAAUAACUGUUUUCACAUUCCAGACCAAUAUCUGCCCAUCCGUUGGCAUGGUGUUAGUUCAUCUUCUACAAAACUCUCCCAGGCUACAACUCCAAGAGAGCAUGCUGAGAGGAUUCAGCUAUUAGAGUCCAUGGUUUCAACAAUUAUUACAGAAUCGAUGGAAACAGAGGAACGUCUUGAUGAGGCUUGUGAGCAAAUUGCCAUGGUGUUAGCUCAUAUUAAAGAACUUCCUAGACCAACACACAAUGGGGUUGAUAUCUCUAGAAAGCAAAGACAUUGUUCCUUGUCUUUUUGCGGGCAGUUUGAACAUGAUUCAUCUGACUGUCCAAUAAUUGAAGGUGAUAAUUUGACUGGUGAUGCACUAGGGUUCUUAUAGAGUAAGGCAUCAGAGAUAGUGUAGUUGUAUAAAGCAAUAGCAAUGCAAUUAUAAAAUUGAAUUAUUUAUUGUGAUGCCUAUUUCCAUCUUUGAAAAUUUUAUCAUAUAAAGUUUCUGUUAGGUCUCAUGUUUAAGUAAAUAUCUCACCAAGACUUUAUCUUUGAUAUUCAAGAUGCAGUGGCUUCCACAUCUGCACCUUUUGAAUAAAUGAACUCAUGAAAGAAA